UUGGCCCAAAUCGAUGAAUAUAAUUAGGGUUUGAAACUGGUAAAGGUGAACCCUCGUCGAUUCCGCCGCAGCGAAACAGAGAGAAGGUCGAGAAAUGGCUCGAAUCAAGGUGCACGAGCUUCGGGUGAAGAACAAGACGGAGCUGUUAGCGCAGCUAAAGGAUCUGAAAGCUGAGCUGGCGCUGCUGCGGGUGGCUAAAGUCACCGGAGGCGCUCCGAACAAGCUGUCGAAAAUCAAGGUGGUGCGGCUGUCGAUCGCGCAGGUGCUAACCGUUAUCUCGCAGAAGCAGAAGUCCGCUCUGCGCGAAGCCUACAAAAACAAGAAGUAUUUGCCCCUCGAUCUCCGCCCUAAGAAGACGCGCGCUAUCCGCCGCCGCCUAACAAAGCACCAGGUACUCCAAGCUGGAUUUGGUGGCUGGCCUCUGCCCAGAUUCUGUGCACAGUCUUCCUGCUCACUCCAAAGUCCUUUGCUGUCUUUACAAAACCUCCAUAUGCUACUUUACCUUCAUGGCUCAGUUGUAGCAGCCUUUGAGCUAUCAGAUUUUUGGUGUCCACUCCUACAAUGCGCGAGUUUUUGUCGCCGGUGAUAUCUCCGGCACUGCCUCCAGCAGCAUACUCCAUUGCCCAAUGAAGAAAAUUUUCUGAGGGCAAUACUUCUAUAAAUCUAAUUUUGUUUAGUAGGUAUGCCUUUGUAGCUACUGAUAGUUGGCCAUACCCUACUACAUUCCCUCCAAAAAAAAUUUGUUUAAGUUUAGUUUGAUUUGAGAUUUCCCUCCAAGAAGUUGUAAUCAUCAUUAGACACUCAUUGAGAAUUUGUAGUGUGUGGAGUUUAAUAGAAGAGGCAAUUUGGUUUGAAAAA